AUGAUGAAUAACGCUUUUGCACGAACGUUUUCUUCUCGACGUCGUUAUGCCGUUAUGAGUGCUGUUGAUGGAAUUGAGCUGAGAGAUGCGAGCCGAAAAAAUAGCGAAGCUGCUGGUCACAAUGAAUUCCUCAAUACUGUCAAUGGUGACUUAUCACGGAACCGAGAUCGAUUUCUCACCAUUAACCCCGUUAACAACGAGGGCCGUAGGUCGCGAGCUCACUCUACUUCUAAACCUCAAAGCGUCGAGGAUGGGCGCGUACCAGAAACGCAAGAAAGAAAGGCUAUCAACGAAGAAGGCUCAUAUUCUGAGGGAGAUUUACAAGCUUUUCACAGCCAAAUGCGGGUAUUUACAGACUAG